GAAAUCUGCCUAGCAACCGGGGAAGCCGGGCUGUGAAGCGGGCAAUUUCAGUGUGAGAAGGAGCGGCGAGACCGAGUCGCGGCUCCGAGCGCGCCGAAGCAGCUCCUUCCGCCCGGGGUCAGCGCCCCGGCUCGCGCACGCGCACCCUCGCUGCCUGAGCGCGCCCCGCGCCGCCCGCGCAGUCGGUCGGUCGGUCGUCCGUCGUCCUGUCUCCGCAGCCGCCUCAGGCGCCACCCGAGGGAGCCGUCGCCGUGGGACGCGACCGGACCGAACCUGAGCGCUCUGCCCGAGGCCGGCCGGGGCCCAGCUGCCGAUCCUGCGGAGCCCAGCAACUUCGGUUGGCCUGCACAUUGAGCCAGCACAUCCACAUAAGUUGCCUUUUGACAGAGCUGUGGCCAUGGCCGCAUAGUAGGACCAGCGUCCCAGACCCUGAGGCCAGAAUGAGUGAAGAAGCAUGUCGAACCCGGAGUCAGAAGCGAGCCCUUGAACCCGACCUAACAGAGGAUGAUGUGGAGAGCAAGAAAAUGAAAAUGGAGAGAGGACCAUCAGAGCUAACCGUGGACGGAGACCCCAGGGUGGUGCCUGAACUGGGUGCAGGCCCAGCCCAGGGGUUGCUGAGGACAACAGAGGCCAUGGCCACGGGAUUAGGCGAAGGAAUGAUAGGAGACGGACCUGUGGACAUGCGUACCUCACACGGUGACAUUAAGUCAGAGAAGAGACCCCCCUCACCUGAUGUGAUCGUGCUCUCUGACAGUGAGCAGCCGUCAAGCCCAAGGGUGAAUGGACUGACCACAGCAGCCUUGAAGGACACCAGCACUGAGGCGCUCCUGAAGAGCAGCCCAGAAGAGCGAGAGCGGAUGAUCAAGCAUCUGAAGGAGGAGUUGAGGCUAGAGGAAGCGAAGCUGGUCCUGUUGAAGAAACUGCGACAGAGUCAGAUACAAAAGGAAGCCACAGUGCAGAAGCCUGUAGCUUCCUCAGGGAGUGCCGUGACCACCCCUCCCCCACUUGUGCGGGGUACCCAGAACAUUCCUGUUGGCAAGACAUCACUUCAGACCUCCUCUGCUCGAAUGCCUAGCAGCAUCAUCCCACCACCACUGGUCCGAGGUGGGCAGCAGGUGUCUGCCAAGCUGGGACCACAGGCCAGUUCCCAAGUAGUCAUGCCGCCGCUUGUCAGGGGGGCCCAGCAGAUUCACAACAUCAGACAGCAUUCCUCCACGGGGCCACCACCCCUCCUCCUAGCCCCCCGUGCCUCAGUGCCCAGCAUGCAGAUUCAGGGACAGAGGAUCAUCCAGCAGGGACUCAUCCGCGUCGCCAAUGUCCCCAAUACCAGUCUACUUGUCAACAUCCCUCAGCCCAGCGCAGCGUCACUGAAGGGGACAACAGUUGCCUCUGCUCAGGCCAGCUCCACCCCCACCAGUGUGGCCUCUGUGGUUGCAUCUGUUGAGUCUCCAGCCAGCCGACAGGCUGCUGCCAAGCUAGCACUGCGAAAACAGCUGGAGAAGACGCUGCUCGAGAUUCCACCUCCCAAGCCCCCUGCUCCAGAGAUGAACUUCCUGCCCAGUGCUGCCAACAAUGAGUUCAUUUACCUGGUGGGCCUGGAGGAGGUGGUGCAGAACCUGCUGGAGACACAGGCGGGCAGAAUCUCUGCCAGCACAGCUGCUGCUGUGCUAUCCCGGGAGCCCUACAUGUGUGUUCAGUGCAAGACAGACUUCACAUGCCGCUGGCGGGAGAAGGGUGGAACUGUCAUGUGUGAGAACUGCAUGACAUCCAACCAAAAGAAGGCGCUCAAGGUGGAGCACACCAGUCGGCUGAAGGCCGCCUUUGUGAAGGCGCUGCAGCAAGAACAGGAGAUGGAGCAGCGGCUGCUGCAGCAGGGCCUGGGUACUGCCAGCACCAAGGCUGAGCCUGCAGCCCCACAUCCCACGCUGAAGCAGGUCAUAAAGCCCCGACGUAAGUUGGCGUUCCGCUCAGGAGAGGCCCGUGACUGGAGUAACGGGGCUGUGCUACAGGCUUCCAGCCAGCUCUCCCGGGGCUCAGCCACAGCACCUCGUGGCGUUCUGCACACAUUCAGCCAGUCACCCAAACUGCAGAAUACAGCCUCAGCUACGGCCCUGGUAAGCAGGACUGGCAGACAUUCCGAGAGAGCCGUGGGCACCAGCAAGGGCACCACCUCCAACUGGAAGAAGACGCCCCUGAGUGCAGGUGGGACCCUUGCCUUCGUCAGCCCAAGCUUGGCAGUGCACAAGACCACCUCGGCUGUGGACCGUCAGCGGGAAUACCUCCUGGACAUGAUCCCUCCACGCUCCAUCCCCCAAUCAGCCACAUGGAAAUAGUGGGAGCCCGGCCCAGCUGAGGACAGGCCCUCUGCUCUCCCAUGGCCCCCUGGUCCAGGACGCACAGACUACCCUCCUAACAAGUUGCCUGAGACAGCUCAGGCCUUGGCUAUUCAGCCUUGCAGUGGCCAGAAGAGGGUGCCACCUUGGUGCCCAGGAUCAGAACCAGGGACCUUCCCCACGGGCCGCCUUCUUCCUUUUUGCCUUUAGUUUGCCCGACACCAGCAGAAACUUGGACCUUGGGGCCAGCUCUGCCUGGCCAGCAUGGGUGGGAGCUCACCCUGGACACUGUGACAUGCCCGGGCCAGCUGGCCCCGGGGCUCCCGAAGUUGAGCCGGGGUUUUGUUCUCUUUCGGCUUUUCCCAUCUUAGCUCCUCAGUCUCUGCCUCCUCAUGGCCAUCUAUCUAUAGGUUGGAGUUUGGGUUUUUGUUUUUUCCUUUUUAAUCACCUCAUGAUGAUGAUGGAAUUAAAAGUGAACUGUGUGGACCCAGGGUCUCCGUUGUGCACAGUGUAGUCCCUAGCCCCAGAGGAUGCUCUGAGUGGCAGUACCCAGGGAUGACAGGUGCCACCAUGGGUCCAGUUGUGUCUUUUGCUGCUUGCUGCAGCCCCUGGCUUCCACACUUAAGUAGAAUGAGUCACAGCCCAGACUCUGCCAGACACUCAGAGGUUCCAGAGGGAUGCUGGGCCUACUGUGCUGGAACCAGAGCUGGCUGCUGGGUUAUUUUUUGUGGUUUAUUUUAUUAAAAUUUCUUUCCUUUUCCUCUUCAUUUUGAUGGACACAAUCUCAAGGUGCCCAAGAGGCACCCAGGUAGGCCCAGAUAGAACCCCUAUGCCUGGGGUUGGCAGGGUUUACUUCUGACUCCUCAGUCCACAGGGAUGUCUUUGAAAGGCCAGGUCUACUUUAGUUUUAUUUCCUUCUCCCGCCACUCUUUAAAAAUUGGUUACAUGGUGAAAGGCAAAAACAGUUCUGUGUCCAGCUUGCACAGGGUGGCCUGCUACAUGACUGCAGUGAUCCCGACCAGCCCUGGCUUCCCUUGACACAAUACAGUUAGGGACUUUAAUUUAAACCCUUGUUCUGCAGACCACUGCCCUCUGCAGAUACGAACCCCACCUCCUCCUAAUAAAGGCUCAUUUAACCCCAUGCUCACUCGUGUGCAAAUCCUCCGUCUCUAGGAAUUGUUUAGACAUUUGAAGGUUCCAAGUUUUGGAAAAUCUUUUUAAGGGAAACCCAAGUUGCUCAGUGCUUUUAGGUUUGAGUCACUUCCCAGGGUGGAUUUGGGGGAAUGAACAGAAAUUGACCCUUUUUGGGGAGAGGGGGUGUUUUUACACCAAAAAACUACAAAAAUAUAUGCAAGCAUUUCUUACUUGAGUAUUUGUGUGCCUGGCAAGUCAGUUCCUGUUUUCUACCCUUCCUGAAUGGCUGACCUCUGCUCAGUGACAUGGGCCAAACGUCUUCUGGCUCCUUAGAGUAACAGCACUAGGUGGCCUCUCUGCUAGAAGCCUUCCCAGCCAAUAGUCCUCAGUUCCAAGAGGUCAUUGAUCAGAUAUUACCUGGCGCUGGACGAAGACUUCCACUUGAACUGACCAGAAGGCUCUGUUGGCACACUUGUGACCUCUACUCUUCCAGCCUUCCAAGUCUGCUGAUUGCUCCCCAUCCUGACAUUCGCCUGUCACCUAAGGCUUGUGAGUUACUGGUACACCAUUGCCUAGGGAUGCCAAUGGACGGCACUGGUAAUGUUCCGUACAAGGAGGCUGAGAGUGUGAGGUGCCUUAAUUUACUUGAAAGUCUUGCCCGUUCCCUUGGCACUGCACUGGUCUAAACAGCAAGCCCUCAUAGCGACAUUAGUGCUGAGGACUUGGCCGGGAGGAUGCUGGCUCUCAUCCCUGUUCUGAUGACCUGACUCCUGGGCUCCUUGCAGCUCCUAGAGAUCUGCCAUCCUCUGCCUCCUGAGUGUUGGGAUUAAUGGCUUGCACCUCCACACCUGAUUUAAAAAGAACUUAAAUGUGUUUGUCAUGGUACUUUCAUGCCUAUACUUGGGAGUUGAAGGUGAGGUGAAGGUCCCUACUUCAUUGGUUGCCCAGAGGCAAUCACAAACUUAUCAAUGGCUCUGGUCAGUUGGGGCACAUGUACAGGUUUGAAGGGGCCAAGUGCAAGACACGUGCCCAUUGAACCACCCCCCAGCGUGGUGCCCAGUUUGUGGAAUCACCAGGAACCAGACCUCUGCCAGACUCCCAAGUGUCACCUGGGUCAGGGGAACGGUGGCCCUGAGCAUCCUGGGACCCCUCCCUCCACCUCAGGGAAGCCAAAGCUUAUCCCAGGCAGGAGGAGUAAGGGGUCAGUGCUGGCUAUAAUACACCCAUGCCACAUUUAAUUGGAAGCAGAGAACCAGGGUGAGUAUCAGAAUGAAUGGUGUUUGGGGAAGGGUGGUCCUCACCAUUCCAAAUCCUGUUAGCCUGAAGACCUUGGACUGUUGGCAAAAAGUGGUUUCUAAAUCCUCAUGUAUAACAGUUACAGUAGUGCAGGGUAUGGGGGGCUGGGGCAGCUGCCACUUGUAUUUAUUGUGACUAAAUCUUUGAUAAUUCUUGUUUUUAAAAAGUUUGCCACCAAACUGGAAUAGAUGUUCCAAUAAAUGAGCUGGAAUUGGUAGCCUCCUUGUGUCGGGGAAUUCUGAGACCCUGAAGGACAAUAAAGAAACGGACCAAAUAUCA